AAAACCGGUGGCGUGUACAUCCCGCCGUUCAAGCUGGCUCGCAUGAUGGCGGAGCAGGGAGCUCAGGACAAGGCCUCCCCCGAGUACCAGCGCCUUACCUGGGAGGCGCUCAAGAAGAGCCUUAACGGCAUCAUCAACAAGGUCAACGUGGUCAACAUUAAGAACAUCUUACCGGAGAUCUUCCGGGAGAACCUGAUCCGUGGGCGAGGUCUGUUUUGCCGUUCCCUGAUGAAGAGCCAGGCCGCGUCCCCCAGCUUCACCCCCGUGUACUCCGCUCUGGUGGCGGUCAUCAACACCAAGUUUCCCGAGAUUGGGGAGCUGCUGCUGUCCAGGCUCAUAUUGCAGUUCAAGCGGUCGUUCAAGCGCAACGAUAAGCCCGUGUGCACGGCUGCGUCCAAAUUCAUCGCGCACCUGGUCAACCAGGGAGUGGCUCACGAGGUGUUGGCCCUGGAGGUGCUGAUCCUGCUGUUGGAGGUGCCCAGUGAGGACAGCGUGGAGAUGGCCGUGGACUUUGUGCGGGAGGUGGGGGCGCACCUGCAGGACGUCGCGCCGCAGGGGCUGCACGGCGUCUUUGAGCGCUUCCGCGCGAUCCUACACGAGGGAGCCAUCAGCAAGCGAGUGCAGUUCAUCAUCGAGGGCAUGUUUGCUCUGCGCAAGGCGGGGUUUGAGGCUUCCGGCUUCCCCGCCCUCAAGCCGGAACUGGACCUCGUGGAGGCUGAGGACCAGAUCACACACGAGCUGGGACUAGACGACCAGUUGCAGGCGCAGACCAACCUGGAUGUGUUCAGGGUGGACCCCAACUACGAGGAGGAGGAGCGCAAGUAUGCGGCCAUCGCCAGGGAGGUCCUAGGAGACGAGGAAGACGAGGAGGAGGGAGGCGGCGGCGGCGGCAGCGGGCCGGGCGACGAGCAAGGUACCGACGGUGACGACGAGGGCGACGAUGAAGACGGGCCAGGCAGCGGCGGUGGCGGUGACGGCGGCGGCGGCGGCGGCACCAGUGGCGGCGGCGGCAUCCACGACGAAACCGCCACCAACCUGGUCAACCUGCGCCGCACCAUCUACCUCACCCUCAUGUCGUCCUUUGACUUCGAGGAAGCGGGUCACAAGCUGCUUAAAAUCGGCAUUCAGCCUGGUCAGGAAAUAGAGCUGGUGACCAUGAUUAUCGAGUGCUGCUCCCAGGAGCGGACCUUUAAGCGCUUCUACGGCCUACUUGCCCAGCGCUUCUGCUACCUCAACCGGGCCUAUGCAGAGACGUUUGAGGACUGCUUCCGCAAGCAGUACAGCGUGAUUCACCGGCUGGAAACCAACAAGCUGCGCAACGUAUCGUGUCUGUUCGCGCACCUGCUGGCAACGGAUGCCCUGCCCUGGUCGGCCCUGACGGCGGUGCAGCUCACUGAGGAAGAUACCACGUCGUCCUCCCGCAUCUUCAUCAAGUACCUCUUCCAGGAGCUGUCGAGCACCAUGGGCCUCGUUAAGCUCAACCAGCGCCUGAACGACCCCGCCUUCAGCCCCUGGUUCGAGGGCCUCUUCCCGCGCGACUCCCUGCAGCACAUGCGCUUCUCCAUCAACUUCUUCACCUCCAUCGGCCUGGGUGGCGUCACCGACGUAAUGCGCGAGCAGUACAAGAUCACCGUGGCGGCUCAGGCGGCCCAGCAGCAGCAACAGGUGGCGCGUCGCAUGUUGGGCGGCGGCAGCGACAGCAGCAGCGGCUCUGGCAGUAGCAGCAGCGGCAGCAGUAGUGACUCUGGCAGUAGCAGCAGCGACGACAGUAGCAGCAGCAGUUCCAGCAGUAGCGAUUCGGACAGCGACAGUGAUAGUGACAGCCGCGGGCGACGACGGCGGCGAGAAGGCCGCGGCGGUGGAGCCAGGAACCGUGCGAAGGGAGAGGUGCAGGAGAAGGCGAGGAGGAGGGGCAAAGGCAAUGGCAGUGGCAGCCCUAAGGGACGCAAGUCAAGGGAUGACAGGCGGCGGAGUUAG